AUGAGCGCCCGCACGCCUUCACGGCGACUGCUGCAGAAUGGUGAGCUGCUGCCCGGCCAAGCGACAAAUCCCGUACUGGACCAGUUCCUCAAGAAGAAGCCGACCAAGCAAGGUGCUGAAAGCCUGCAGCGCGGUGACCUCGCUGAAACAUCCAUCUUCGAAGGCGAACGCCAGGUGCAGGAACGUGAGGGAGAGAAGGAAACAGAGACCGAAGUCGGUGGUCGCAACUUGAACACAAUGGCCACCGUCCUCGAUCCUCACCCUGUUGCACGCGAGCGAUGGCAGCGCAAGAUGGUCAUGCGCGACAUUCGCAAGGGCGGCCGCUUGAACAAAGAAAUGUUCAUCAAGCGCACCGAGAGAGAAAGCGUCGGCAAGAGCGAGAACAUCAAGACAAGUAUCAAGAAGCUGGGUCCUAUUGCACGCCAAAUCGCCGGCAAGACCGUCGACGACGCCAUUGUCCAACUGCGCUUCAGCAAGAAGAAGGCCGCUGUUCCCGUCCUCAGUUACCUAGAGUACGCCCGUGAUGAGGCCAUCGUCGCCCGUGGUAUGGGUCUUGGCCAGCCUACCGUUGCCGACUCGGAUAAGCCUGUCGACAUUCGCCUCAAGGACGGCAAGAGACACACCGUCGAAGAUCCUACCAAGAUGUACAUUGACCAAGCAUGGGUUGGCAGAGGACCUUACGGAAAGUUGCCAGAGUACCGUGCGAAGGGCAAGAUCAACAUUCUUCGCACUCCCUGGACACACAUCGGUAUGGUCUUGAAGGAGGAGGCUACCAGAGUCAGACAAUACAACGAGCGCGAGGAGAAGAGAAAGAAGCAGCGUGAAGCCAAGGUCUGGACUCCCCUGCCUGACCGCCCCAUCCAGGGACAGAGGCAGUGGUACUCGUGGUAG